AUGGAUUCAGUCUUAUCUCUCAUUGGAGCCUAUAUUGGCUGGGAUUUCAAAAGCUUCCUGCUCUUCAUGAUAGUUUUCAUCAUCGCUGCUGAUUAUGUUAAGAACCGUCGGCCGUCUGGCUUCCCUCCAGGACCUUGGGCUCUUCCAAUUGUGGGCAACAUAUUCACUGUUGACUUCACCAGGACCCAUGAAACACUGACUCAGUUGGCAGGUAAGUAUGGAGACGUGUACAGCCUCCGGAUGGGCUACAACUGGAUUGUUGUAUUAAACAGGUCUGCGGUUCUGAAAGAAGCUCUAGUAACGCAGGGAGACAGCAUGGCAGACCGACCACAGCUUCCAUUACCACUAGAAAUGACACACGGACGAGGUAUGAUUUUCACUAAUGGGCACGUGUGGAGGCAGCAGAGGCGAUUUGCACUUUCAACCCUCAGAUAUUUUGGAUUUGGAAAGAAGUCACUUGAACCUGUCAUCCUGGAUGAAUUUACACAUUGUGCAGAAGAGUUCAGAAGCUUUAAAGGUAAGCCAUUCGAUCCACACCUCAUCAUGAACAACGUCGUCUCCAACAUCAUCUGCUCCCUGGUUUUUGGUCAUCGCUUUGAGUACAGUGAUGAGAAGUUCCAGAAACUGUUAGGAAUGCUUGAUGAUGAGUUCCAGAUUCAAGCCUCCAUUUGGGCACAGUACAAAACAACCAUGGUGGAUGGAAGCCCCGUGUCCACGUCCAAUGCCAGCCUGGGGAUGAACGCCACUGAGCCGACCAUUGCGGGUAGCUACGUGGCAGGACCCAACACACUCGGCCUGCUCGUCUGCUCCUUCGCAGCUGGCGUCUUCAUCAAAAAACUGGGGGACGAGGGGGAGGGGAAGCUCCUCCUACGUGUGGCUGUCGCCAUCAACAGCGUCAUGAGGGAGGCGUUGACCUAUAUCCAAUGCUUCUUGCCAGUGGGGAUCCUGUUCAUGAUCACAGGAAACCUCGUGGAGGUUUACGACUGGGAGACAGUCUCCAAACUGGGAGGCUUCAUAGCUGUGGUCAUCACUGGGCUCGCAAUCCAUGGAGGGAUUGUUCUACCGGGCCUCUAUUUCCUCAUGACAAGACGAAGCCCCUGGCCCAUCAUUAAGGGGGCUUUUCCUGCGCUGCUGACUGCCCUGUGCAUCUCAUCAAG